UGACAUGUUUUUUUCAUAGCUAUGACUGUUUAAUGUCGCAAUGACGUGGGUUGGUCAAUACGCAAACGCUUAGAUUUAAGAUGCAAUGAAAUCGUAGCUAGUGUAUUAGUGCAUCUGACAUCGGUUAGAAUAGCACAUAAGUAUAUAUAGUGGAAGGAUACUAUUUUGAAUACGACACUUCUAUAACAUUUAAAAAAAAAUGUUCGUUUAUCAGCUUCUGUUUGUUUCUCUUCUAACCUGUGUUCAGGCAUUGGAGACUCCCAGAAAUGUAACCUGUACAGUUAGCAGUGCCACGUUUGAGUCCAUUCUAGUCACUUGUAAAACACAAGUUCUACUUCCUCAGUCAGCGUUCAGUGUCAAUUUUACGUCGAACGAUACUUCAUUGAACUAUACAUCCAGCAUAGCAUUAAACUGUACGUCCGAUAGUUCUGAUGUCCAGCUAUCUCAAGUGAACAUUCCCAGGACAACAUGUUUAAUAAAGGUCAACACGGCACAUUUACAACCAGGUUAUUACGACCUCAAGUUGAUUGCAUAUGUCGGAAACGAUUCAAGUGUGGAAAGUGACACCAUAAAGCUCCAUUUUCCAAAAGAGCUUCAAGCCCCUGUGUGCACAGACCCUAACUAUGAUAUUCCUGCUUGUAUUUUCGGCCUCAAAAAAAUGUUAUGUGUUUCAUGCGUUGCACCCAUUGCAAUAGGAACAGCUAGUUGCAGCAUCUUAUACACGUCUAAGUAUUAUACGGUUCAAAUUAAUAGCUACCAAGCCAAGCCAUACAUGCAAAUGGACAAGGAUAAUGUCACCACUUACUCUGCCGAAUGCUAUCAUAUAUUAGAUUCCAGGAUGUUUGAAAACGGGAUUAAGUUCAACAUCAACUUCACACAAGACUUAAAGAACGGAAACACAUCUGUGACAUCAGUUUCUUCCGCAAGUUAUUAUUAUGAAUCUACAAAGAUAGUUAACUUCACAGUCGACGAGAAUCCGAUCGGUGUCUGUGCAAACAUUGCUGACAAUGUGACAUUAAGCUGUGUGACUCAAGGCUCUCCACUUGUUCUCAAAUUUCUUCAAGUCGGGCCAUCAAUGAACAACGGAUACAUAAUGUAUGACUAUCCAACCAAAGACAUGACGUGGACAAUGAGAAGCCCCUCUGAUUACGGUUACUACAUGUGCUUCACUGGACAACAACUAGAAAACCGGAAGUCAAAAUCUGUAUAUGUUGUAUCUCCAGAUCAGACAAUGAAGAAAGACAACCAAACAUUCUACAAGUUGCAGUACUCUGGCAUUAAUAACGACACGGCCUUUGUGCUGAUAGAAGUAACCGGAUGUCCCGAGCCCUCCACCAUGAAACUCUUCAGAAAAGAAGAGUUUGUGAAAGGGUCAGGCAUAGACAUUUUAACAGAAGGAGUCAACCUGACCUAUAUAAGAUCUACUGAUAUCAUUAAGUCCUCGAACCAAUAUAAAGCAGUGGGCUAUAUCAAUGUCACAUUCCUGAAUAAAGACUUGACUCUAAAUUUACCAGAGUACAGAUUAAAUGUUAGCAAUGGCGUGUCUAAUUUUACCAUCAUUGACUUUGGGGUUUUUGGUGAACGCACCAACAACUUUGCUCCACAUUUACACAGCGUCUCAAUUUGUUGGAUAGUUUUAAUCGUGUUCAAACUUCUUGCUUACUAGCAUUUAAGUAUUUCAACUAUAAUCAUAAUAAUAAAUAUAAACUAUAAUAAGUCUCAAAGUAAUAUAAUAUCUUAGAUUAUAUUGACAUUAUUGAAUUGAGAUGGUAUGAGCAAACUCAGGCUAUUUCAUGAUAAGCAAUUUUAACAAUCUCCUUCUUGCAUAAAACUAAAUUACUUAUGUUGUAAACAAUGAUGUAUCGAUAUCACGAUAGUAGGUCUAAUAUCAGACAUUUAAAUAUACAAAUGUAUAUACAAUAUAAGAACUUUAAUUAGCCUUUUGAUUAUUAUUAAAUAAGAUAGCUUUAGCCUACCAAUUACUUAAUUUAUGUAUAAGUAAUAAAAACUAUUCAAUAGAGCUACUUGCUGCCUUAGUAUAUUUCAAAGGCUUAGACUUCCAAAUAUAUGCUUAGAAUAAUAUAUUGGCUCUAAUCAAGGUGAAUAAACCUGCUUGUGGAUUGAUCCACACAAAAGCAAUCAUCAAAGAAGGGUCCUGGGUUACUGGCGUACACUCCAGAAGAAGGAAGACGGCUUAAAGCGCUUCAAGAUCUGGAGAUUACAAAUAUCCUACCUAUGUUCGCGGAUGUGAAUCUGACAUUGGCCUCUGUGGUCAAAUGAGAAAAUGCAAAAUGAAAAGAUCGACUCUCAAGACGUAAAAAUCACAAAACUAAAAACAUAAAUUGUUUUGACUAUUUUAGGAUAAUGAAGUUUGAAUUUCCCCUCAAUAGGACUUCCAUGCACCGAGAUGAGAAAAUAAAAAAGUUUCUUUAAUCUAUUGGUUUUUACGAAUCAAACUGAAAGACAACGCUCGGGUUUCCAUAUCUCAUGAAACGAAUAUUUCUGUAGCGUCACUAAAAACAUUCCCCCUCCCUUUCAGCAAAAAAAAAAAUUAAAAAAAUUAAAAAAUCCAAAAUAGAAAUGUUUUUAUUUUGUGUGCGUGUUAUAAAACUUCAGUGACUAAUAUUACAAAAUAUGAAUAUUUUUUUUAGCACAUUACUCUAGUUUGGUGUGUUAUACUUGAACCAUAAAGGAGUAACCUUGUUAACAAACGGCGCAAUCGGUGGAAACAAAUGCUUCCUGAAUAAAUCUUAAACACUAAGUGACUUGCUGUUUUUAAAUAGUUUUUGUAUUUUUUUACCAAAAUGAUUUGUACAUUCCACAAUAAAAUUAUGUAUGUUAAAAAUG